AUGUCUGACUUUGUUGAGCUAUUGAAAAGAGGCGGUAAUGAAGCCAUUACUAUUAAUCCGCCAACUGGCGCGGACUUUCAUUUGACCACCCGUGGUUCCGAUUGGUUAUGGGCAGCGUUUUGCGUUUUCAUUACCUUGGCCAUACUUGUCAUCUGUCUGAUGUUCAGAAAGGCCCCUAACGAGAGAUUGUUCUACUAUACUGCUAUCGCACCGGUCAUCUUCAUGGCAAUCAAUUACUUUACCCUUGCAUCCAACCUGGGUUGGAUUCCAGUGAAAGCCAAGUACAACCAUGUUCGCACUUCAACCCAAAAGGAGCAUCCAGGGUAUAGACAGGUCUUUUACUCCAGAUACAUUGGUUGGUUCAUGGCUUUCCCAUGGCCCAUCAUUCAGGCUUCGUUGCUUGGAAGCACACCGAUGUGGCAGAUUGCUUUCAACAUCGGUCUAACAGAAACGUGGGUCGUGUCGCUGCUGAUUGCCGCUGUGGUCAAGUCCACUUACAAGUGGGGUUACUAUACCUUUGCCAUCGCUGCGGGUAUCAUUUGUAGCAUCAGUGUCAUGACUACCACUAGAAAUUUGGUCAAGAACAUCGGUUCUGAUGUCUUCCAGCUUUUCACCUAUUUCUAUGGUGUAAUCAUGUUCCUAUGGGGUAUCUACCCAAUCUGUUUUGGUCUCUCUGAAGGUGGUAACGUCAUCCAACCAAACUCCGAAGCUAUUUUCUAUGGUAUCCUAGAUAUCCUGCUCCUCGGUGUCGUUCCAUGUUUUUUCAUUCCACUUGCCAGUUCCAUUGGCCUUGACAGACUGGGCUAUGGCCACAACCAAGCUUCUUUCCAUCCACUGCCAAGCGAAAAGACAAUGAACAGCAUUGCAUCCGCUAGGAACUCUGGUGAAACCGCUGUUUCAAGCCCCAAACCGGCUCCAAAGAAGACUAAAAAGUCCGGGAAAUAA